GCGGCGGCUGCGCGUGCGCAGUGGCCCCCUCCCGGCCGAGAGCCGCAUCGGGAUCCUCAUCAUCAUCAUGGCGGAGCCCCGAGACAAGGCGCUGCAGGACUACCGCAAGAAGCUCCUGGAGCACAAGGAGAUCGACGGGCGCCUCAAGGAGCGUGAGUGGCCGGGGAGAGGGGCCGCUUUGUCACGGCCGGGCCUGGCAGGGAGGGAGGGAGGGGCUUCCUAGGCCGCACCUCUUUCCCCUUCUGUUUAUUGGCCUGUAUUCCUAUCUGAGCACAGGAAGAGCUGCUACGGAGGCCUCGGCCACGGAGCCUCGCGUCCCAAGGGGGUUGGGAUGGAUGGCCCCUGGGUAUCCCCCACACCCCGCCUUUGCCCUCCAAGUGGUACCUCGGGUUACUGCUUCCCAAUAAGGGAAUCUUAAGAGCCCCUACAGAGCCCUUAAGUGGGUUCCCCAUCAGUAGGAGAAAAUAACAAGAGGCCAACCAGAGAAUACUGAGAAGCAAAGCAGCUAGUAAGCCUGAUCUUUAUUAAACUGUUGCAACAGGGCGCUCCCCUCACACGCAGGAAAGGAGGAGGACCUCGAACAAAGGUGUGCCUGCCCUUAUACAGUGGUACCUCGGGUUACAUACGCUUCAGGUUACAGACGCUUCAGGUUACAGACUCCGCUAACCCAGAAAUAGUACCUCGGGUUACGAACUUUGCUUCAGGAUGAGAACAGAAAUCGUGCUCUGGCGGCGCGGCGGCAGCAGGAGGCCCCAUUAGCUAAAGUGGUCUUCUGGUUAAGAACAGUUUCAGGUUAAGUACUUAACCCGAGGUAUAAUAAUAAUAAUAAUAAUUAAUAAUAAAUUUGUUAUUUAUACCCCAUCCGUCUGGCUGGGCUUCCCCAGCCACUCUGGGUGGCUUCCAACAAAAGAUUAAAAUAAAGUAAUGCAUCAAAUAUUAAAAGAUACCCUAAACAGGUGCCUUCAGAUGACUUCUGAACGUCAGGUAGUUGUUUAUUUCUUUGACAUUUGUUGGGAGCGCGUUCCACAGGGCGGGUGCCACUACCGAGAAGGCCCUCUGACUGGUUCCCUGUAACCUCACUUCUCUCAAUGAGGGAACCGCCAGAAGGCCCUCGGGGCUGGAUCUCAGUGUCUGGGCUGAACGAUGGCGGUGGAGACGCUCCUUCAGGUAUACUGGGCCGAGGCCGUUUAGGGCUUUCAAGGUCAGCACCAACACUUUGAAUUGGGCUCGGAAACGUCCUGGGAGCCAAUGUAGGUCUUUCAGGAAUGAUGUUAUGUGGUCUUGGCGGCCACUCCCAGUCACCAGUUUAGCUGCCGCACUCUGGAUUAGUUGUAGUUUCUGGGUCACCGUCAAAGGUAGCCCCACAUAGAGCGCAUUGCAGUACCUAGGAUAAUGGUGGCGAACCUUUUAGAGACCCGAGUGCCCAAACUGCAACCCAAAACCCACUUAUUUAUUGCAAAGUGCCAACACGGCAGUUUAACCGGAAUACCGUACUGUGGUUUUAGUUACAGGUAGGCAGCCAUGUUGGUCUGCUGUAGUCGAAACAAAGAAAAUUCCUUCCAGUAGCACCUUAGAGACCAAUUAAGUUUGUCCUUGGUAUGAGUUUUCGUGUGCGUGCACACUUCUUCAGAUACACUGAAAAAGAAGUCGCCAGACCUAAGAUACACUGAAACACAAGUCACCAGACAUAAGGGUCUGGGGACUUCUCUUUCAGUGUAUCUGAAGAAGUGUGCAUGCACACGAAAGCCCAUACCAAGAACAAACUUAGUUGGUCUCUAAGGUGCUACUGGAAGGAAUUUUUUGAUUUCAGUUUACAGGAAAACAACUCAUACAUUAACAUCUUUUAUCUUAAAAGAAAAACACAAUAACAGAGCUUUCAAUGAUACAAACAAUUCUUUAUUGAAAGGUGAAAGUUUGCAUUACCCUUGUUUGGGAAAUCACGAAAAGGGAAUUGCUCCCAGACAACAUGGCCGUUUUGAUGAUUUCCCUUCAAGAAACGCUUCUUUGGGAGAUUUUGAAGCAGAAGCUGAAUGGCCAUUUGCCGUGUAUGCUGUCGUUGAGAUCCCUGCAUCGCAGGGGGGUUGGACUUAGCUGACCCUCGGGUUCCCUUCCAACUCCUCACAAUCCUAUGAUUCAAUGGCUAGCUCACCGGGCUGUACUUCUAAAGCCCGCGCAUGCGGGAGCGAGCAAAAUGCCGCCCAGCUUACUGGCAGUUCUGCACUGAGGGCGCUUUAAGAGAGCGGAAUGGAACGUUUACAUUUCUGCUGCAGCCCAUGGGUGGCAAACUGGCUACUUGCGCACACAUGGCUCUACUCUGCGCACAUGCUGGCCCUACGAACUCUGUGCUGGGGCGAUGGCACGUGUGCCACAGAGAGGUCUCUGGGUGCCCCCUCUGGCACACAUGCCAUAGGUUCGCCACCACUGUCCUAGGUUGAUAGAGUUGGGAGGGACCCUCGAGGGUCAUCCAGCCCAACCCCCUCACAAUCUCAACUAGCAUCACACUUGGCAGCAGGUGGCCGUCCAGCCCAGGCAUAAAAACCUCCAGAGGCUACAAGCUUCUCAGUUAGAUGCCUGGCAUCUCCAGGUAGGACUAUGCAGCUUUGGAGAGCUACUUCAAGUUGCUGUUGGCAAUAAAAAUAAGAAUAGUUAAGUUGAGAGUCCUGAAGGGUUGGGCUGGAUGACCCCCAGGGUCCCUUCCGAUUCUUCUUUGUUUUGGUUUUUAUUAAAGGUUUUCUUGUGUCACAAAGGUACCUACAGCGUCUGCUUCCAGCUGAUGAGAGUUCUUUCUACAGAUCAUUCAUAUUCAGUGUGAGACAUACAAUGAUAUAGACAGCAUUUACAUUGGGGGAGAAAAGAGGUGGGGAAGGAGACAUUGAGGGGAGAGGUAGUAAAGUUUCAUUCUUCCAUAUAGUGUACGUGUAAGGUUUUUGUGUCAGCGUCACAUGGGCAGGUUGUAUUUCUAUUCAUUUACAGGGGACGCUCAGGUUGCGAACGUGAUCCGUGCGGGAUGCACGUUCGCAACCCGCAGCAGCGCGUCUGCGCACGUGCGGGUUACAAUUCGGCGCUUUUGCGCAUGCGCAACCACCAAAACCCAGAAGUAACCCGUUCUGGUACUUCUGGGUUUUGGUGGGUCCAUAACCUGAAAAAACGCAACCUGAAGCAUCUGUAACCCAAGGUACGACUGUAUUGGGUUUUGUUGGCAGUGAGAGAGGUGGAGGGCAGGGCAUGGUUGGUUGCCUAUAGUUGACUGCAGUGGGUUUUGUCUGUGUGAGAGAGGGGGAGGGGACUGCUUCCAGUUCUGUGAUUCCUACCCUGCCAUUUUCCUCCAAGGAGCUCAUAGACUACUAGAAUAUAGAGUUGGAAGGGACUCCAAAGGCCAUCUAGUCCAACCCCUUGCAAUGCAGGAAUCUCAACUAGAUCAUGCAUGGCAUAUGGCCAUCCAACUUCUGCUUAAAAACCUCCAAAGGAGGAGAGCUCACAACCUCUUGAGUUAGAUGCCUAGCAUCCCCAGGUAGGACUCUGAAGCUCCGGAGAGCUACUGCUACUCUCUGUUGACAAUAUUGAGCGAGAUGAAGCAGCAGUCUGGCUCAGGAUAGGUGGCCAAUUCCUACUUUCCUGUGAUCCCCUGGAAUGCCUUCACCUUGGGUAGUAGACCUGCCUGGUGGAGGAGGUGCUCUGAGAGAUCCCUGUUUUCCAGCUCCCCCCUUCAGCAAAAAAGCAGGUGGUGCUCUCACUUAGCAUGAAAAGGUGAUGGGGGGGGGACACGCUUUCUAUUGGCAUCUGUCUGUCUCAAGAGACAAUGGAGUGUGCCUCUGGAGGUGAAGUCAAACCACUGGAGAAUCACAGCACCUGUUGUGGCUGCAGAGACCGGUAACUUGUAACUGCUGCGUCCUGCAAUGUUUUUACUGCAUUUGCAGCGCCAAAGUGACCUCCUUGGGACAUUAGCCUGGGCAGUGUGUAUGGAGGUCCUGGGCGGCCCAGGCAACAAGACCCCCCUCUCGGCCUCACUGAUGUGGUCCAAAGGAAAGCAGAGGAAGACAUUUGCUGCUAAAGCUCCAUCUGUUCCAGUCGGUUCCUUUUGAAAGGCGGGGGUAGGGCGAGAACCUGUGGUCCUCCACAUGUUGCCGGACCCAAACUUCCAGCAUCCCUGACCAUUGGCCUACCUGGGGGCCACAGGGUGGAGAGCCACAGGUGCCCUAGUCCUGCCUUGCUUUCUUUUCCAGUAGAACUUGCUUUCACAUAAGUGCGCACAGGAUCACAGCACACAUUGGUUAGCAAAGCAUCUGUGAAGAUCAUUAUGCCACAUUUAUUUGAUCGGGGGGGGGGGGCGGGAAUCAAUGUAUAAAGAAGUGCACUUUCUAUUCUGCCUUGUGCACAUCUGAAAAUAACAUUUUACAGCUGCAGUAAUAAUAAUAAUAAUAAUUUAUUAUUUGUACCCCGCCCAUCUGGCUGGGUUUCCCCAGCCACUCUGGGCGGCUUCCACAGAGACCAAAAAUACACUAAAAUGUCACACAUUAAAAACUUCCCUGAACAGGGCUGCCUUAAGAUGUCUUCUGAAUGUCAGGUAUUUGUUUAUCUCUUUGACAUCUGAUGGGAGGGCGUUCCACAGGGUGGGCGUCACUACUGAGAAGGCCCUCUGCCUGGUUCCAUGUUGAGGGAACCACCAGAAGGCCCUCGGCGCUGGACCUCAGUGUCCGGGCAGAACGAUGGGGGUGGAGACGCUCCUUCAGGUAUACUGGGCCGAGGCCGUUUAGGGCUUUCAAGGUCAGCACCAACACUUUGAAUUGUGGUCGGAAACGUACUGGGAGCCAGUGUAGGUCUUUCAAGACCGGUGUUAUGUGGUCUCAGCAGCCGCCCCCAGUCACCAGUCUAGCUGCCGCAUUCUGGAUUAGUUGUGAUCAUUUUGUCCGAGGGGAAAAAAAGAGCACUGAUUUAGAACAUGCAUAACAAGCUUUUUCAAUGUUUUUUUGUCUGUAGUAAGGGAACAGCUGAAGGAGCUCACCAAGCAGUAUGAAAAAUCUGAGAAUGACCUCAAGGCUUUGCAGAGUGUUGGACAGGUGAGUGUUUAUAUAUGGAUAGGAAUGUGUCAGUAAAUGAGCCAUUUGGGUGGGGUUCCUUAGCAUCUCCAGUUUUUCUUGGGUUAAAUGGGUAUUUUUCUGGGGCCCUAAACAGUUUAUUAGAUUUCCAUAUGUGGGUCUGGACUCAAAACGUCUGAGGGUACUGUGGUGAAUGAACGUCAUGUCCCUUUGUGGGACCCAGAUAGGCAGGGUUCUUGAUAUUGGUCAGUAGGUCUAAUAUUUUUUCUUUUUUUAAAAACAGAUCGUUGGUGAGGUUCUUAAACAGUUAACAGAAGAAAAAUGUGAGUUUAUUAAGAAGGAUAUUUAUUAGUAUAUUUAAUGAUUGUUUUAUUAAUUUACUGGUGUAUUUAAUGUUCGUUUUGUUAAUUUAGUAAGUUACAUUUAAACCACAUUUCAAGGCAUGCUGCCUUCCCAAGGCAGCAGGCAAAAGAGGAUGCUGACAAAAUAAUUUAACAAGGCAAAAUGAAAAGCCAAGUAUGAAUAGCGCAGCAAUGCUGGCGCAUCCAGCACUGCGAAAAUGUUUUAGCAACAUGUCCUUUUGCAGCCACAAUUGCAGAAAAAUUAAAAUACUGCCAUGUGCUUUCUUUUGCUGCUUCCAGUCAUUGUCAAAGCAACAAAUGGACCAAGAUAUGUUGUCGGCUGCCGUCGUCAGGUGAGCAUCCUGCGGUUGAGAAUAUGGGUCUUGGUCUCUCAGAUCAUAACUCAGACGUCCACAGACUUUAGGGCUGUAGCACAUGCAUGGGCAAAUAUGUCUUUUUGACACUCGGUUCGUUCUUCCCUUUGGUGAGUGCCGUAAAUUGUUUGUGAGAGUGUGGGCUGGGAGAGAGACUGUCGUGAUGGGUUACUAUCCCAGUCCUGAAUAGCACCCCUUGAUAAUUUGAUACUUUAAUUGGCUUAGAUGUCAAGCAGCUUCGGAGAGUAAAAUCUGUAAAAUGGGGUCACUUCAUAUUAGAAAGCUGGCGAGUCACCUCAUUUGGUUUGGAUUCGACUCUGGAGCUGACAGUGCCUGAUUACUAGUGUGGUCGGAGCUGUCAGUUUCUGACAGCACCGUAAGAAACGACUUCUUCUACACUUAGCUUUCCAAAUCUUAACAAUUGCCUUCCUCUCCUUUUGCAUUCAGCUUGAUAAAAGUAAGCUGAAGCCUGGGACAAGAGUUGCACUGGAUAUGACCACCCUAACUAUUAUGAGGUAAGGUCUUCUCAUCAAGUGGGCGGGAGGGGAGAGUGGGAUGGAGGAAGCCUGCAGUGGAGCUACUGCAAAGUAUUGGCCACAGAAGCAUUUGCAGCAGUUCUCAACCUGUGGGUCCCUGGCUGUUGUUGGACUACAACUCCCAUCAUCCCUGAGCUCUGGCCUUGCUAGCUAGGGAUGAUGGGAGUUAUGGUUCAACAUCUGGGGACCCACAGGUUGAGAAAGGUUGAUUUAGGGGCUAUAAAAACCCUUUUUUAAAAGGGUAUUUAAAAAAAAAAAAAUCUGUGUCUCAAAGUCUCACUUGCUCUUGGUGCAGAAAGAGAACUGGGCAUUCCAAACCAAGGGCUAAGAUGGAGUAUUUUCUUACUUGAUUAAACUUCCAAGGGUAUUGAAGCAUUUGCUUCCACCUGCUUCCUUUGGCAUCUUGAUUUGGUACGGUGACCAUCAGAACGGAAAGCAGAACCAGUUUUCUACAAAAACUCAGUGCGUCGUAGCACUUGGUGUGCCAAUCCAGGAAUAAAAGUGGGUUAUGAAGCAUAUUUGGUGAACAGGGUAACAUUAAGCUUUUUGGUUCAGGAGGCACAGUAUAAAUUACAAUUAUUAUUUUUUUGGCACUCAGCUCAAAAAAUAUUUUCAAUAACACUGUUUAAAUCUUGGAAGCACGGUAUUCCUAAUGCAGGCCAUAUCCGUGUGUGGUUGUGUAGAGAUGCCAGAGAGCUCAUGAUUAUUGGAUGCACAUUGCAACUAGUAAUACCAGACAUAGGGGGAAAUACCAUAAGUUUAAUUAAGUGCUAAUCUUACUUAGCAUCACAGAAGGUAUUAAAAAUAGCUGUAAAAUUUGGUGGUGGUUUUUUAAUAUUUGCAAAGAUGACAUGAAGAGACACCCCCCACCCCAUUAAAAAGAGUAGUUACUGAAUCAGCUGAUAAAUAUGUUAACCAAUGUUAAAUAAAAACUUAUUAGUUUUCUAGGAUCAUAGAGCAGAUCCCUCAGACCAUGUGGUGGGCCUGACUAUAUUUUGGGGGAGGGUGGAAUGAACGAAUUCCUAUGCCCCACAAAUAAUCCAUAGAUGAAUUUUAAAUAAAUGGACACAUUCUACUCAUGUAAAAACACGCUGAUUCCCGGACCGUCUGUGGGCUGGAUUGAGAAGGCGAUGGGGCUGGAUCCGGCCCCUGGGCCUUAGUUUGACUACUCACGCUCAUGGAGUUAGAUGGGUUAUCCAGUCCCUCCUCCUGCUUUUAGCAGGAUUUCCCAUGACAGAAGGUAACUGCAUCGUCCCUGACUGAAUGUUACCCAGCCUAUUUCUUAAAUAUCCCCAACAUGUAGAGCAAGCCUUCCCUACCCCCAAGGCAGUCAGCUUACUCGGGUAUCUUCGUUUUUAUACGUGGCUUACAAACUGUGGGUGGGGAAAGGGUGGGAAGUUGCUUUAGAGGGGCUUUAAAAAUCAGCGGGUGACAUCAGUUGUGUGGCUUCUCCAAUUUAGAUAUUUGCCAAGAGAAGUUGAUCCCCUCGUUUACAACAUGUCUCAUGAAGAUCCUGGAGAUGUAUCUUAUUCCGAGAUUGGAGGAUUGUCGGAACAAAUCAGGGAACUAAGAGAGGUAAUUGCCUGAUUCUUUAUUGGUCUGAAUGAUGGAUAUGUUUACCUUGCUGGCAGGGAAGACAUUUAAGUACAAUUUAAGGUACAAUUUGGUGGUAGCGCUGGGUUUCAGAACAAGCAUGCACACUUCUUCCCUGCUGUCAAGCCAGUUCCUCUUCCUUUUCCUGAUAUCCUCUAACCCUAGAUUGGUGUGAUAUCUAAGUUGGGCAGCAUUGAAUAAAUCAUUGCUGGCCUUGGUAGUUCAGCAUUAGUUUCGGCUAGCCAGCUGUGGACUCCCCUGCCACCAUCAAUUUAUUGACCCAGAACAUUGUCCGAUGAGCCUAAAGCAGCUCAGGUUUUAAAUAUUCAAAUAGGAUAUUCAAAUUGGCUUACACACCAUUGCACAAAAGUCUUGCGUACAACAAAAAGUAGCACAGACAUUUGACUUGUUUUGGAGUUGUGUUCACCUAGUUUUAGAGUAGACCCUUUGUAAUCAAUGGACAAAACUAAGCUAGGCCCAUUAAUUUCAGUGGGAAUAUACUGAACAAACAUAGUUGAAUACCACUAAAUUUCAGCCAUGGUUUCUUUAACAAAACUAUGAGUUGACGCAAAAUUGUCCCACGGUUGUCCUACUUGCCUUUGAGGUGGCCAGACAAAUCAUGGUUAGGGAAGGGUGGCAGGUUCAGACAUAGUGAAAACAAGCCAAGGUUUGUAAACCAGCAAAACCACAACAACAUGGUUUCAGAUUUUGAUUUGUAGAUGGGCAAACAACCAUGGUGAAGCUAUGUUUCGGUGAUCAAACAAACCAUGGUUAAUAAACUAUGACUUGAUAAAACCAUGGUUCAGCGUUAACAUGUGAACCAGGCCUUUGUAUACCUUCUGUUUUGAAUCCAAGGCACGUUUUGUUACUUCUCUUCGCAGGUUAUAGAGUUACCACUGACUAAUCCAGAAUUGUUCCAGCGUGUGGGGAUUAUACCUCCCAAAGGCUGCUUGCUGUAUGGCCCACCAGGUUGGUGUCCUUGGUCUGCUUGCCUCUUGACUGCUGAACAAACAGUAUGACUCUUGGGAGAUUUCAUUCCGCAUCAACUGCUCUGUGGCAAUAUUCCUUCAAGUAGCAGUGGGUGGGUGGGUGUGAAGUGGGGGUCACAUUUUUAGGAGCCAGCAGAUAGAGCACUGAAAUGGGUGUUACAUUUGAAACACCAGCAUUGUUGAAGUUAUUCCAGCCCUAUACAAGUAAAGCAGUAAUUUCGUCUCUCUUAAUCCCUUUUGAAAUGCUGUUUGAAUCCCAUUAUUCUAUACAUUUUUAAUCACAUUGUUUCGUAGAAUUUAUAUGUAGCUUGACUGUAAAAAAACAAAAGAACUCAUAGCAGUUGUGCCUCUAUUGUCCCAUGAGCUCAUAAUAGCAAACAUGAGUUUUUCCCCUUUUCUCUUCAAAACAAUCCUCAUAGAAUCUUAGAGUUGGGGCCACGAGGAUCAUCUAGUCCAGUGUUUCCCAAACCUCGGUAUCCAGCUGUUUUUGGACUACAACUCCCAUCAUCCCUAGCUAGCAAGACCACUGGGCAGAGAUGAUGGGAAAUGCAGUUUGAAAACAGCUGGAGUCCCUAGUUUGGGAAACACUGACCUAGUCCAACCCCCUGCAGUGCAGGAAGCUUUCAGUCAACAUAGGGCUCGACACAUGGCCUUGAGAAUCUCUUGCUCUACGAACUCUGCUGUCCCUCAGGGCUAGCUCAGUCCUGGGGGGUAGGUCAGGCUGAGAGAGGGAGGUGGGGAAUGAACCUUCCUGGUUUAGUUUAUUCAUUUAAAAACAUUUACAGUGGAUCCUUGGGUUGCGAACGUGAUCCGUGCAGGAUGCACGUUCGCAAUCUGCGCGUGCGUGGGUUGCGAUUUAGCGCUUCUGCACAUGCGCAAAGCGUGAUUUAGCGCUUCUGUGCAUGCACAACUGCCAAAACCCAGAUGUAACCCGUUCCAUAAUCUAUAACCCAAAAAAACGCAACCUGAAGCGGCUGUAACCCGAGGUAUGAUUGUAUAGGCCGCAUUUUCUUCCACUUCCUAGCCAGCCAUAAAAGCCAACCCAAGAAUACAAGUUUUAAAACCAAAACAACACACCCAUUCUUCUCACGGGAAUCGCAGAUGCAGAAAAACAUAAUUAAAGGUAGUCACAGUCCAACCAAUAAGCAUCAAUCCCGAAAGGCCAAUUGAACAAGAUAGAAAGUUUUAAACCCUAUAACGCAGGACUGAUAAGGCUUAACGGGCAGACUUGAUUAAGGGGCAGGCUCACCCGGAGGGGAUGAAUGGAAAUUUUGAGCAUGGGUCUCUGGUCAAAGGCCUACACUGCACCUGUUACACGAUGUUGCUUUGUACGUUUGUUUAAAUGUAUACCUCUUGCCACAUGUUUUCACUGCUUCUUGAUGCAACGUGUAUUCUCCACGCAGGUACGGGGAAAACUCUCUUGGCCAGAGCUGUUGCCAGCCAGCUUGACUGCAAUUUCUUAAAGGUAAAACAAUUUCUUUAAGAUUCCUUUCCAGAAUCUUAAAGCAGACCUGUUUGAUCUGCAGCAGCCGCCGCUCAUGCUACCUGUAACAACUUUCCACAGGUGGUGUCUAGUUCCAUUGUGGACAAAUACAUUGGUGAAAGCGCCCGGUUGAUCCGAGAGAUGUUCAACUACGCCAGGGAUCAUCAGCCCUGCAUCAUUUUCAUGGAUGAAAUUGACGCUAUCGGUAAGGCGGAGCAGCUCAACAAGAAGCCCAUCGAGCUUUCACCCCCCCAACCAGCUGCCCAAAGAACUCCUCUGCUUACCUGUACUGCACUUUGCCUGCACGUAAUGUCGCUGAUGGGACUCGGGUGGCGCUGUGGGUUAAACCACAGAGCCUAGGACUUGCCGAUCAGAAGGUCAGCGGUUCGAAUCCCCGCGACAGGGUGAGCUCCCGUUGCUCGGUCCCUGCUCCUGCCAACCUAGCAGUUCGAAAGCAUGUCAAAGUGCAAGUAGAUCAAUAGGUACCGCUCCAGCGGGAAGGUAAACGGCGUUUCCGUGCGCUGCUCUGGUUCACCAGAAGCGGCUUAGUCAUGCUGGCCACAUGACCCGGAAGCUGUACGCCGGCUCCCUCGGCCAAUAAAGCGAGAUGAGCGGCGUAACCCCAGAGUCAGCCACGACUGGACCUAAUGGUCAGGGGCCCCUUUACCUUUAAUGUAGCUGAUAAAGUUUUCCUACAGGUGAACAAGAGUCAAGACCAGGGAGAUGCAGGAAGGGCGGCUGUGCCAAAAGCCUUUACACCAGGCAUGUCCAAAGUCCAUUCCGAAUUUGGCCCGCCUAUCGAUUUAAUCUGGCCGCCAUUGGCAAUUCAUGUCCUUAAAAAAAAAAGCUCAUCAACUUUGCUCGGCCCUCAUGCAUGUUCGCUUCAUCCAAUCUGGUCCUCUUUGCAAAAGAAAAGUUUGAGCACCCCUGCUAUACACCAAACAUACGAGAGCAGAUGUGGAGGACCUUAACCCCAGGGGCUAGUCCUCUCUCUGGUCCUCAGGACUCUCCCCAGACCACCCCACACAUUAGAUGCCACACUCCUCGCAAGUCCUGAUUUGCCCUCUUCCUCAAGGGCUUUUUGCUUGUCCUUGCCCUGCCUCUUGCCUCAAUUCUGCAUGGUUUGGAUGUAGGCUAUUGUACAAAGACAAACCCACUUUAGGCUCUGGCCACACCACUGGAAUGUGGCCCCAAAAGUUUACCCGUGACGGAAACGUGGGCUGAAAAGAACCCCCCCUCCAAAAAAAACACCUUGCAGAGUCUUCUGGCACCUGACAACUAGCAGCUGUACUGUAUUAUGACAUCCACUUUCAAAGGCUGGAGCUGUGUAAAGGUAAAGGGACCCCUGACCAUUAGGUCCAGUCGUGACCGACUCUGGGGUUGCGGCACUCAUCUCGCUUUAUUGGCCGAGGGAGCCGGCGUACAGCUUCCGGGUCAUGUGGCCAGCAGGACUAAGCCGCUUCUGGCGAACCAGAGCAGCGCACGGAAACGCCAUUUACCUUCCCGCCGGAGUGGUAUCUAUUGAUCUACUUGCACUUUGACGUGCUUUGAACUGCUAGGUUGGCAGGAGCAGGGACCGAGCAACGGGAGCUCACCCCAUCAUGGGGAUUCGAACCGCCGACCUUCUGAUUGGCAAGUCCUAGGCUCUGUGGUUUAACCCACAGCGCCACCCGCGUCCCCCUGGAGCUGUUUACUUGGAGCUUAAUACAGUAUGUCAGUGGGACAGGGGCUGAGGGUAACCACAUGAAAGUAAAACUAAUUUACUCAGGUAAGUACCUGAAAAAGGUAUUGCCUCCCCAAGACCCUAUGUUACCCAGAAGUUGCUUUUGAGUGAUCUCUUGAAGGGAACCUUCCAAACCCCCUUUCUGUUCUUUUCUUUUGCCUAGAUUCUAUACAGAAACCUUGCACCUCAGCUUGCAACUUGACUUUUUAACUCCCCUCGCUCCUUUCAUGAGCUGCCCUGCGUGGUGACCAGGGAAAGGGUCUGACUUCUUUCCCGCUGAUUUUCUCCUUAGGUGGCCGUCGUUUCUCGGAGGGCACGUCAGCUGACAGAGAAAUUCAGAGAACUCUAAUGGAGGUAACGCUUCUCUGAACUGGAGCCGGUCGUCUUUCACGUGUACACAAACAUCUUUGUAAUCCUAGGCAGGCAGCAUAAAAUGUGAGACUUAAGGAUCAGUUGCUAAGAUGAAAUAGCUGAACGGUGAUGUUGAAAUUGUUUGCAGCUGUUCACCACUGGUGCCUCCUGAAAUCAUUUAUGUGAGGAGGUCUUUUCCUUGGAAGUAGACAAUGCUAAAAGCGGCAAAUACUGAACAGCUCCUGGCAUAAAGCAGCCAUUCUGUGUCUGAAUUGCAGUCCCAUCUCCAUGUCUAGACUAGAACCUUGGACUAGAACCAUGUCCAAGACUAGAACCUUCACACGUGUUCUUUCUGAGUAAACGAUAGAGCCACCGUUCUCCUGGAUCCUAAGGUCGUGUCUCCAUUGCUGGUUUCCAUGGGUUUAUAAUAACUAAUUCUAGUUAGAAGACAACUGAAAGCAGCCUUGUUUAGGGAAAUUUUUUAUGUUUGAUGUUUUAUCGUGUUUUUAAUAUUCUGUUGGGAGCCGCCCAGAGGGGCUGGGGAGGUCAAGCCAUAUGGGCAGGGUAUAAAGGUAAAGGUACCCCUGCCCGUACGGGCCAGUCGUGACCGACUCUGGGGUUGCGCGCCCAUCUCGCUUAAGAGGCCGGGGGCCAGCGCUGUCCGAAGACACUUCCGGGUCACGUGGCCAGCGUGACGAAGCUGCUCUGGCGAGCCUGCACCAGCGCAGCACACGGAAACGCUGUUUACCUUCCCGCUAUAAAGCGGUACCUAUUUAGCUACUUGCACUUAAGGGUGCUUUCGAACUGCUAGGUGGGCAGGAGCUGGGACCGAACGAUGGGAGCUCACCCCGCCGCGGGGAUUCGAACCGCCGACCAUACGAUCGGCAAGUCCUGGGCGCUGAGGUUUUACCCACAGCGCCACUCAUGUCCCAUGGGCAGGGUAUAAUAAUAAUAAUAAUAAUUUUAUUAUACCCCGCCCUCCCUGGCCAGAGCUGGGCUCAGGGCGGCUAACACCAGUAAAAUUACAGUAAAAACAUAAUAGGAAAAAAACCCAAACCAAUUUAAGAUACAGGUUAAAAUGCAAUUUAAAAUGCAGCCUCAUUUUAAAAUUAGCCCAUAGAUCAAAACCAUAAGGGGAGGGAAAACAUAAGGGUCAGACUGAGUCCAAACCAAAGGCCAGGCGGAACAGCUCUGUCUUGCAGGCCCUGCAGAAAGAUGUCAAAUCCCACAGGGCCCUGUUCUCUUGAGACAGAGCGUUCCACCAAGUCGGGGCCAGUACUGAAAAGGCCCUGGCCCUAGUUGAGACCAACCUAACCUCCUUGACACUUGGGACGUCCAAAAUGUUGUCAUUUGUGGACCUUAAGGUCCUCCCUGGGGCAUACCAGGACUACCAUACUUCGGUAUGGUAGAUUUAUUGCUUUAUUGUUCGGCGCCCAGCCACGCUUCCCCUGGGAGCCGUAGAUCGUAAAGCAAUUAGCAGAGUUACACAGCAGCGUGUGUCAAAAGAGCAGUAAAAGAGUCCCAAACGUUUCUUCUGUCCUAAUAUCUCUUUAUUGGCACAAAAGUAGCGUAUUUACAAACUCCAACUUCCAUCUGAUUCAAGCUGCAUCUUCUCCCUCUGUUUGAAGCGACGCAACAAACUGCUUUCGAUUUCCACCCAGUACACAGCACUCCAAGCUGCUUUCGUCACGUCCUGGCUUACUUCCCUUGUAAGCCUGUCCCCUCAGUCCUGAGGCAUAGAAGGUUAACCCUUCACUACACGCAACACAACCUAACCACCUUGCGACUUGGGACCUCCAAAAUGUUGUCAUUUGUGGACCUUAAGGUCCUCCGCGGGGCACACCAGGACUACCAUACUAUUCGUCUGUUCAGCUCAGUAGUUCAGACUGGCGGCAGCUCUCCCGGAUUCCAGGCAGGGAUUAUUCCCAGCCUGAAGCUGGAGAUGCCAAGACAAGACUGGACCUGGGACCUGCUGCCCCACACUGCUCUUCUCAGCCCACUCAGUGGGGCAAGUUCUUUGCCGAUUAACCAACGCUUUUGUUUUCUCGCCACGCAUUCCAGUUGCUGAACCAGAUGGAUGGAUUUGAUACUCUGCACAGAGUUAAAAUGAUAAUGGCUACAAACAGACCAGACACUCUGGAUCCGGCACUGUUGCGUCCUGGAAGACUGGACAGGAAAAUCCGUGAGUACUGAGUUUCUGUAGGGUUGGCAUUAGUCUGUGCCUCCCCUUCGCUUGCGUACCUUUCGAAAUUAACAUAGCUUCUCCCUCCUUCUAGAUAUUGACUUGCCAAAUGAACAGGCCAGGUUAGACAUACUGAAGAUCCACGCUGGACCUAUAACAAAACAUGGGGAAAUAGGUAAGUCCCCACCCAGGGCUUCACAGGUGCGUCUGGGAGGGGGCUGGGCUUUGCAUAUUCAAGUCUGUUUCCUGUAACAGAUUGUAAAUUUCCAGGGAAAUAGCCAGCUUGGUCUUCUGCAGCAAAAUUUUAUAAUAAUAAUAAUAAUUAAUAAUUUUUUAUUUAUACCCCGCCCUUCCCAGUUCAGAAAACCGGGCUCAGGGCGGCUAACAACAAAUUUAAAACACUUAAUUGAUGCAACAAAAAACAGCAUAAAAUACAGUAUAAAACAUGAACAACAAUAAAUUCAGAAUUCAAAAAUCAAUUUAGGGGGGAAAUCCAUCCAAUAAACAUUAGAUGAUCACCAAGGCUAGCUGGCUAAGUUAGUCCUAUUUGGGUCAGCGAGGAGACCAGGGGAGAAUUAGCUGUGGGAUCCCAGAGCGGGUAAUCUUCAUAAAAAGGGGAGAGGGAGGGAAGGAAGGGGAAUGAAAGAUCAGGCUAAGUUCAAAUUGAAAGCCAGGCAGAAUAGCUCUGUCUUACAGGCCCUGCGGAAGGAAGUUAAAUCCUGCAGGGCCCUGGUCUCGUGGGACAGAGCAUUCCACCAGGUCGGAGCCAUCACUGAGAAGCACACCUUAAUAACUACAGUCCACGAAAGUUUGUGCUAUCAUAAAUUUGUUGCUCUUUAAGUUGCCACAAAAUUAUUUGGGUUGUCCUGUUCACAGAAGGAUGUUGGAACUGCCCGCUCCCUACCCCCCCCAUACUGCCCAGAUCUGUUCUGGGAGUUCCCCCAACUCUCCCAUUGUGGACAUCAGGCAGUUGACAGCUGGCCAGCCACAAGGGUGUGACGAACUUGGCCCUCGGGGUGGAAGAGAUAACAACCUGGCCCACCAGCCGUAUCUGUUUCCCACUCGUGCAUCGCACCAUACCGACCCACACUUAUUUUUAGUGCUGAUGGAAUAGUGAAGUUGGCACAGCCAAAGAAACAUUUUGUUAUGGUGGCAUCAUGAAUAGUAUGUUGUAUCAGGUUGUCUGACCUGCUCCUGAUCUCACUUGUGAACUCCGGCUGCUGAACAGACUCUUUGAGUGUCGUAUUGCUUGGUUUUUUGGGGGGACGGGGGUUGAGGGGAAUGUUACUGCUGUUUUUUAUACAGUGGUACCUUUGUUCUCGAACUCAAUCCAUUCUGGAAGUCCAUUCGACUUCCAAAAUGUUCGAAAACCAAGGUACGACUUCUGAUUGGCCCUGGAAACAAUGCUGACAGUCGAAAUGGACAUUUGGCUUCCAAAAAACGUUCACAAACCAGAACACUUACUUAGGUUUGCGGAGUUCAAGAGCCGAUUUGUUCAUCAGCUAAGCCGUUCGGGAGCCGAGGUUCCACUGUAUUGAUUUUUUGUGUCUUUAUUUUGAUUAAUGUGGAGAUACAGUUAUACCUUCAGGUUGCGGACUACCGAAACCCGGAAGUACCGGAAUGGGUUACUUCCGGGUUUCAGCAGUUGCACAUGCGCAGAAGCGCCAAAUCGCAACCUACACAUGCACAGACGUGGGUGGCGAACACUGCGGGUUGCGAACGUGCAUCCCGCACGGAUCACAUUUGCAACCCAAGCGUCCACUGUAGUUCAAUUUGAUUGUGUACUUUUUAAUCUUUUAUUUAUAGUUUAUGACUACUACUGUUGCGUUUUGAAUGAUGUUACUAUUGUUCAUGUUGUGAGCCACCUUUGAGCAGGGUUUUAACUAUGGAAAGACUGCAUGUGAAUAAAACAAUGAACGGGUGGGAGUAAGAUGAGCCUUCUGGAUCAGGCCAGUGGCCCAUCUAGUCCAGCCUCCUGUUCUCACAGGGGCCACCAGCUGCCUAUGGGAAACCCGCAAGCAGGAUCCGGGCGCAAGAGCAACACUCGCCUGCUUUGGUUUCCGGUAACUGGAAUUCAGAAGCUUUGCUGCCUCUGAAUGUGGAGGCAGGACCGAGCCACCCUGGCUGGCUUGUUCACACAUCAGGACUGCUGCGUCAGUCAGAAGCAAAGAGUUCUGAUUUUUGAAACAGGUUUUUGCUCUAAGUCCACAAUUCCCAUUAACCCAGGAAUUUUUCUUUUAUAGAUUACGAAGCAAUUGUGAAGCUUUCCGAUGGUUUUAAUGGUGCUGAUCUGAGAAAUGUAUGCACUGAAGCAGGUAAGGAAACGAGAUCUUUGUGACAUCACUUUCCAUUUUCCUGAUCCCUUGGAGACUUAUUAGUAAAGGUAAAGGGGACCCCUGACCAUUAGGUCCAGUCGUGACCGACUCUGGGGUUGCGGUGGUGCUCAUCUCGCUUUAUUGGCCGAGGGAGCCGGCAUACAGCUUCCGGGUCAUGUGGCCAGCAUGACGAAGCCGCUUCUGGUGAACCAGAGCAGUGCACGGAAACACCGUUUACCUUCCCGCCAGAGUGGUACCUAUUUAUCUACUUGCACUUUGACUUGCUUUCGAACUGCUAGGUUGGCAGGAGCAGGGUCCGAGCAACAGGAGCUCACCCCGUCGCAGGGAUUCGAACCGCCAACCUUCUGAUCGGCAAGUCCUAGGCUCUGUGGUUUAACCCACAGUGACACCCGCGUCCCUGAGACUUCUUAUAAAGCUCAAAUAAUUCAUGAUGUGUCACAGUUAUGGAAGGAGGAGCAUAUGCAUGGCUAUAGCUCAUGAAGGGGAGCCUUAACAUGCUUGUAGGGUCUGGAUUGCGAUCGUAACGUUGCAAUUAAAGCUGAAGCACAGAGAGUUGCCUGCACGAACCUUAUUGCGCCCCUUUCCUUCUCUCUGACAGCUUGAUUCCCAAACUCUUGUGUCUUUGCAGGGAUGUUUGCCAUUCGUGCCGAUCACGACUUUGUGGUGCAGGAGGACUUCAUGAAGGCUGUUAGGAAAGUUGCCGACUCCAAGAAGCUGGAGUCUAAGUUGGACUACAAGCCCAUCUAAGCAUGACCACAUGGUUAAUGGCUGGCUGAGACUGCAUGGGAAAAUAUGGGGCUUGCGAUAGGUGAAAUGAGAAGCAAAAGUAUCCCUUGAUUGUGUUUUUAUUACAAGUGUCUGCAUUGCGCCAGCGAGCUCGCCAGCUGUUUGUAUUAGUGGUGCUCCUGCUGCUGGGAAGCUCAUGGCGGCACCCUGAACCCAACAUGGCCUUUGUUACAGUCCCGUUCUUAAGCGCAGAGCAACAUGUGUCCUCGUACGAGAACCUUACAGAAAAACAAACAGCUGGUUUGGUUCGGCAGAUUGUAAGGCAGUGCAUUUCUUAUUUUAUAUCAUUUAACUCCCCCACCCCUUCCCAUUGAAGAAUUAAAUAAAACUUGUUUAAAUCCAG